AUGACAGUAUUUGCCUCUGUGUCCACCUCAGUUAAGUCUUACCAGAGUCAGUGGAGAGGAGUCAUAACCAGCAGCAUUCAGCAGCUAAUACUGCAGACCUGCACAAUGAAAGACAACAACUGUAAAGAACGCAUAGACAAAAUCCUGCAAGAGGCUCCGUCUGCAAGAAAAGCUCUUCUAGACAACCACAGCAAUCUGCACAAGGUGGCCGAUUACUGUCAGAACAAAUUCCUCAAUGUGGAGGACACCAGAAGUGUCAUUGAAGAGUCCAAAGCUCUCACCACGCAGGCCCUGGCCAGUGUCACAUACCAGAUAAACAAUCUGGCCACAUCUCUGCUGAAGCUCUUAGAUGCUCAGACAGUUCAGCUAAAACAGAUGGAGUCUUCCGUCAACUUGCUGACUCUGACAGUUGGCAUGUACAAAGAGAAAAUAGCCCGGAAAGAGAUCGGAGUGCUGACCAAACAGUCAAAAGUUCCCCGGACUCAAAAGGUGGUUCCCCCAGCAAAUGGCCUGGAGCCUUUACGUGCAUACAGGCGGAUUCCCAUAUCCUAUAGCCGCUUAGACAAAGUGGGCCACGGCCACUGGGAAGGCAGCAAAACUGAAGAGUCAAAAACAGACAAUGAGGACUCUGUGUCUAUACAGCUUGACCCACAGGAGACCAGCACCUUCAACUGGUCUUUUUUGGGUAUCGCGGUUCCUCCUCCAUCAGUGCCUGAUUUGGUGGGUUCUAGCAUCUCAGCUCCUCCCGAUCUCUCUCCAGCUUCACCGCCUCCUGCAAUCAUGUCUGCCUGUUCCCCGUCUCUACCUGCCUUUCCCGACCUGUCCAUGCUGCUUCCUCCACCUCUCCCAGAUGAUAAGAUGGGAGAUGCUCCACCCCCACCUCCUCCUCCCUCUCCUCCUCCACCUGGUUCUGUGUAUGGAGGUUCUUUGGUUCCACCUCCACCACCUCCACCCGGCCAAAAUACCUCAGCGACUUUAGCAAACCUUCCACCUCCUCCUCCUCCUCCCCCAGGUAACAUGGCUGUUCCACCUCCUCCACCACCUCCUCCAGGCAAUGUCUCUGUCCCACCUCCUCCACCUCCCAUUCAGGGGAAGACGGCUGUUCCUCCUCCGCCUCCUCCUCCUCCUGGCUCUUACAGUGGGUCUUCACUACCUCCACCGCCACCUCCACCUCCACAAAAUGCCUCUGUGGUUCCACCACCGCCUCCUCCUCCUCCUACUGGAGGAAAAUUUAUUCCACCACCUCCUCCUCCACCUCCCCCAUUUUGAAUAUUGAUUUUCAAUGUUAUUUUUUUUCGUAUAUAAAAGACUAUAUGAAAUUUGAAAAGAUUUUUUUGUAAAAAAUAUAAAAUUGUUCUUAUAAAUAUAAAUGUUUAUGGUUCAAACCAUUAAAUAAA